CGCCGCGCCGCGUCCUGCUCCUCCGUCCCCGAGGGUCGCUCCCGCCGUCACCGCCGCCGCACCAUGACCACCCAGCAGAUAGUCCUCCAGGGCCCGGGGCCGUGGGGCUUCCGCCUCGUGGGGGGCAAGGACUUCGAGCAGCCUCUGGCCAUUUCCCGGGUCACUCCCGGAAGCAAAGCUGCUAUAGCUAAUUUAUGUAUUGGAGAUAUAAUCACAGCCAUUGACGGGGAAAAUACCAGCAACAUGACGCAUUUGGAAGCUCAGAACAAAAUCAAGGGCUGCACAGACAACAUGACCCUCACAGUGUCCAGAUCUGAACAUAAAAUCUGGUCUCCUCUAGUGAAUGAGGAGGGGAAACGUCACCCCUACAAGAUGAAUUUAGCCUCGGAACCCCAAGAGGUCCUGCACAUAGGAAGUGCCCACAACCGAAGUGCCAUGCCCUUUACUGCUUCCCCCGCCUCCAGCACUGCCCCCAGGGUCAUCAGGAACCAGUACAACAACCCAGCUGGCCUCUAUUCUUCUGAAAACAUCUCUAACUUCAACAAUGCUGUGGAGUCCAAGACUGUUGCCAGCGGGGAGGAGGCCAAUGGCAGACCCUUUGACCACACUCAGCCAUCAGGCAGCCUCGUCAUUGAGAAGGACUCAGAGGUUUACAAGAUGCUGCAAGAGAAGCAGGAGUUGAAUGAGCCCCCCAAACAGUCCACAUCAUUCUUGGUGCUGCAGGAAAUCCUGGAGUCAGAGGAAAAAGGGGAUCCCAACAAGCCCUCGGGAUUUAGAAGUGUCAAAGCUCCAGUCACCAAAGUAGCAGCAUCAAUUGGAAAUGCUCAGAAGCUGCCCAUGUGUGAAAAAUGUGGUACUGGCAUUGUCGGUGUGUUUGUGAAGCUGAGGGACCAUCACCGCCACCCUGAGUGUUAUGUGUGCACUGACUGUGGCACCAACUUGAAACAGAAGGGCCAUUUCUUUGUGGAGGAUCAAAUCUACUGUGAAAAGCAUGCCCGGGAGCGGGUCACACCACCCGAGGGUUACGAUGUCGUCACUGUGUUCCCCAAGUGAUCCAGGAGCUCUGCACUGACCGCUACUUUCUAGCCGCCUGUUGUACCUCAUUCUCUGAGUGUUGUGGCCCUUUUCUGUCCUCUCCUGAAAGUCCUGCGCUUACCCUGGUGUUAGCCUUGUCAUUAAGCACUGAGUCCCACCUCUGCCAACUGACACGCCCUCUGGCUAUGUGAUGCCUGCUUUGACAGUUACUGGAAAACAGUUUUAUUCUUUGCCUUCUGGUUCUCUGCUGCAAGUGGACAUUGGCCACACUGGAACCAAACCAAAUUUACUAUAUUUGAUAUUGAUUUUGUUUUACUCAAUAAAUUUAGACCAUAAA